UGCAGCGAUAAAGAGAGCGGAGCGAGAGAGGGAGAGCAGCACAAACUACUACGUGUGACGUGGUGUGGGGGCAUACAGGUGGCAAAACAGCUGUUUCAACAGCAAAACCAAUCUGUUUUUUAAUAGAAUACAUAAUCAAUUUACCGCCUGCAGUUUUCCAGCAAAAAACAAACACACACAACCAAAAAAAUCAACCAUACAUACAAAAAACAUAAGCAUCCAGGAGAGAGGAACUUCCAGUGGCAACUUACCCAACACGACUUCCACAACGAGUGCUUCCCGUCCUUUUCACGAGAUCAACGAAACCGUCGACCACCUUCCAGACCACAAAAACCAGCACAGCCCAGCCCCUUCCACGAUUUCCAAGCUGGCCCAACCAACACAACCAAGUGCAACCUUCCAAACAACAACUACUAUUGAUCCGAUCCAUCAUAAUCCAUUUCAUCCAUUUUUUGGAAACGAUCGAGGGGCUAUCUAAUUGCUAUCUAAUUGGCGGCUAGCUGCGCGCACGUUAUGACCAAUUCGAUUGCGUCAACGAAAUGCCUGCCCAAUGCACUCUCGACCGGCAAUUAUGGAAUGUCUCAGAGCCACCGUUACACCGAUGAUAGCAAGGAGUACAUCAUCGUCAAGCUCACCGAUUCUGCCUUUCGUGCGAUCGAGGAAUAUCAGCGCGAUGACAACGCCAAGCGCCUGCAACCAGGCCAAAGGGCCAAAAUCCAAUUUGUGGGCAACACGGGCGUCAUCCAGUUCCCGCGACCAGCGACGGAUGCUAAUGGCAUCCCUAAUGCUAAUGGCAAUAGCAGCGACGCGACCGGAGCAGGAGGAGGAGGUGGUGGCCGAAAAUUUGAUUUCACCAUCAACAAUAUGGAGGGAACGCUUGAGUGUGUUCAGCAGCAGCAACAAAGCCUCGGAGUCCUCGGAGCGGUCACCCUGCGAAUGCGGAUCAAUGCCAAUGACGAUGUCUACGAUACGACACGCGAAAAAAUGGCCAUUGCCGAGGAGACGGAGAAGAGCAAGUGCAUCAGGGAAAUUAAGCCGAAUCAGUCGGAUAUCGGGCGUAAGGUGAAGAAGCCGCCAUCAGCAAUCCAAUCCUCCUCCGUAUCCGCCUCCACCGCCUCAGCCUUCUCCUCCUCCAACUCCGGUUUGACGACGACAGCAUUUCAUCAUCACAGCAACAACAGCAACAGUGGGAACAACAACAACAACAACAACAACAGCAGCAGCAGCAGCAAUAGUUUUAAUAGCAACAACCAUAGUCGUAAGUUAGGUUCAUCGCCAUUUAAUGGCCUAGGCGUAGGAUCCAGCAGCUCCUCCAGCGCGUUUGCCUCGCGUUCGCCCAAUCCCAGCACGCUGGGCGCCAGCGGCACAGUCAAUGGCUCUGGCGUUGGUGGCGGUCGCUAUGGUGGUGGUGCAGCCUCCUCGCUAGCUUCCACAUUCGCCAACGGCAUCUCGCAGGGCUACAAUAACCUAAGCGGCAGCUCGCCAAGAGACUCGAUGACAGUAGGAGUAUCAGGUGCGCCUGCCUCAUCAGCCAUCUCCUCACGCAACAAGAUGCCAAGCGGAGGCCUCACCUCCUCUAACUCCUCUUCGUCCUCCAGGAGUGCCAAUAACAAGUCGUCGUGCGGCAACAAGAUGUCGGAUGUGUCCAGGCGCAAUAUACGCGAACGGCUUAUCCAUCUACUGGCCCUCAAGGCCUUCAAGAAGCCUGAGCUCUUUGCGCGGCUGAAAAACGAGGGCAUCCGGGAUAGGGAGCGUAACCAGAUCACCAACAUACUCAUGGAAAUUAGCACCAUGUCGCACAACACGUACAAUCUGCGUCGCCAGAUGUGGAACGAUGUGGACGAGAACUGGCCCUUUUUUAGCGAACAGGAGGUGCAGCAGCUAAAGCGACGCAAGCCGCAAAAUCUGACACCGCCAAUGAGCUCAGAUGCGGGCAGUUCAACAUCCGGCCAGAGUCCUACAUCGACGCACACGGGCAGUCCGCCACCGCCUUCAAGUAAUAGUGGUCCCGGAGGAGUCGGAGGGGGCGCAGGCGGUGGAGGCAUGAAGCGGACCAGCCUCGAGUACGACGAGACCAUGUUCAGCACUGUUCAGCCCAAGAAGCAGCGCAUCAGUCACUACAAGAAGGACACUCCGCCCUCGGGGACGUCGUACUCUUCUGGCGCGGUAUCGAUGUCCCUGGGUUCCUCUGCAUCCAAUCGGAACCGCUAUACGCCGCCCCAACGCCAGCCUGGUCCAUUGGAUGACCACAGCACAAGUGACCUUAGCUACAAUGUGCUGGAUAACAUGGAAGAGUUUAUGAGCUCCACGGCAGCGGCGACGCAGCAAUCUAUGGAACAGCAGCAUCAUCCGAGGAGCAACAGUAGUAAUAGUAGACGAGGCAGCUCCUCGUUGGCGGGCACCAGCAAUGGAGGCAACAACAAGGAUAAGCGGAACUCUACGGGCAGCAAUUCAAGCAGCUCCAGUGGCUAUGAGACGCAACAGGAUCGCCAGCGGACAACGGCGUCAAUGUCGUCAAACCGCAGCAGCACCAAAUCCUCAUCCACCUCCUCUUCAACGACGCCGCCGAAGCUUGCGGCUAGUUUUGUGCCGGCGGCCGCCUCUGGAUCCGCUUCCGGUUCCAGCAAACAGCGUAUGCCGCCCCAGCAGAGCGAUUACAACUCGUACAACAGCAAAAACGCCCAACAUGCGGCCUCUAACAGCAAGAAAAGGACGAGUAGCAGUGGUCCAAGUGGUGGAUCGAAUGGUCAGCGUCAGAGAAGUGCCAGUGCCUCUAAUUCCGGCUAUCAGCAGGUGCCGCCACCCUUGUCCUCAGCCUCGUCCAACUCGCGAUCGGCCCUCCAGCAGCAGAAUCAGCACCUGAAACAGCAGCAGGUGCAACAGCAGCAAGCGCCGCAGCAGCAGCAUAAUCAUUACCAUCAGCAAGCCAAGCAUCCGUCGCCCUCGCAGCAGUUGGCUGCUGCUGCCCAUGCUUAUGCCCAUGCCACCGCGGAGGCGGACUCAUCCUCUAUGCCGCGCUACGACUUCAGCCAAUACGUGCCCAUCCAGACGCUGGAGGUGCGGCGGCGUUAUAAGACUGAAUUCGAAAGCGACUACGAUGAGUACCGCAAGCUACUGACGAGGGUCGAAGAUGUGCGCAAUCGUUUCCAGGACUUAUCCGAGCGUCUGGAGAGCGCUAGGCGCUGCGACAACGGAUACGGGGAUUACGAUCACAUCAAGCGGCAGAUUGUCUGCGAGUACGAGCGGAUCAAUAACGAUCGUACCAUCGGAGAGGACAAGCAGCGGUUCGAUUACCUGCACGCUAAGCUGGCACACAUCAAGCAGCUGGUGGUGGACUAUGACAAGACUUUGAUGAGUGCCACGACGGCGGUGGCGUCCACGGAAGUGGUUAUUGCUCCAGCGCCCGAUCCAGCUGCGGCGGGGGCGGCGGCCAGGUUAGCUGAGCAGCAGAGGAGGCAACAUCACGCCGUGGAGACGAUAGAACAGAAGCAGCAAAAGCAAAGACACUAUCCCCAGCAGCAGCAGCCACAUCAGCAGCAUAAUUUACAGCAGCAACAUAUACAGCAACAACAGAAUGUGAGUAACUCGGAUGACAGUUCGGACAGCUCGGAUUCAAAUGAUGAUGACGACGAGGACUGCGAUGAUUCCAACUCCAAUACCGAUGAUGACGAGGCACGCUACUGAUCCUGAUCCUGCUGGGACUACUUCGAUGAGACCAUCCGCAGAUUCCCAAUGUAAAAAGGCAAAACAAGCAAGAAACUAUUAUAAAAACGUAAAAAAAAAAUACAACAAACAAAUCAUCAAAACGGAGAAAACACCAACAAAAACGUUCUUUAAGAAAUUGUACUACAAGCAAACAAAAAACCUUCAAAAAAAUGUUGAAAUUAUGUUAACAAAAAACAAAAACUAAACAAAAAAUACAAUCUUUCGAGUAAAAUAAUUUUUAUUACAUUAAAAACGAGGGUAGGCGGCGGGCCAGAACUGCUGCCACCGAAUUCUACAUUUAUAUAAUACAUAUAUGAACUAUAUAUACAUAACAAAAAAGCCAGAAGAAGACGAUAUGAUGAGGAGGAAACAAAAUCAAUAUUUUUAAAAGCAACGGCAAAAGCAAAAAAAUUAUAUACGAGUUGUAGACUUAAUUUUUUGUUGAGCAUAUUGAGCAGCUUAAGUAACUAAAUGAAAACGAAAACACAUGUUUUUCCUUGCGUUUUGUGUGUAAUAAUUAUUAUUAUUAUAUUAUUAUUAUUAUCAACAUUUAAAUAUAGCGUGUAUGUUUUUCGUUUUUAA